AUGGACUGCGUUGUGAUUGGGCCAGGCCUGGGCAGGGACUCGCUGCUGCAGGAGUGUGUGGCUGACAUCAUGUCUGCCGCCCGGCAAGCACGCAUCCCCAUGGUGAUCGAUGCGGACGGCCUGCACCUGGUGUCUAACCAGCCGCACCUCAUCGCCGGCUACCCUCUCGCCAUUCUCACACCCAACGUCAAUGAUCUUGGAAGGGUCACAAUAGUGCAGAAGGGAGCAGCUGAUGGCAUUUCAGAUGGAAAUGCAGGUACCAUACUAAGAGUUUCUCGAGCAUUACCACUGCGACCCUUUGCACACCUCUCAAACUCUCUUGGUUCUUUUGCCACCCCACCAGUUUUUGAGUGCGGUCUCUUUGGAUCACCCAGGCGAUGUGGCGGGCAAGGGGAUGUGCUCUCAGGAAGCAUCGCAGUGUUUUUCGUCUGGGCUCGCAAGUGGCAGCAGCGGCUACAGGAAGAACAGCAGCAGGGUGGUGGUUCCUCCGACGCUGAAAUGCAGCAGCUGGUGGCAGAGCAGCUGUCUGACAAUCCAGCAGUCAUGGCAGCGUUUGCCGGGUCGCUGGUGGUGAGGAGAGCAGCAGCAGAUGCCUUUGCCAAGCACAAGCGCAGCAUGACCACGACCAACAUCAUUGAAUGCCUUGGCGAUUGGUAA